AUGCUCUCGUUAGCCGACAUUAUGAUGAUCGUUCCUCCUUCUCCAACCCCAGCUAAAGUCCCUCGACGGAGUUCCUACUUCUGGAAAGUCAGCACAGUGGUUCUGCUGGCCAUAUGUGGUCUAUCGCUGUGCAUUAAAUCCAUAUCACACACCGCAUCCUCGUUCGACCUAUUCGCGUCGCUAUCCAUAGAAGCUGUACCCAUCGAUUCCCCACACGAUCCCUCGUCUUCUUCCCACUCCUCCUCUUCCUCCUCGUCCUCCUCCUCCUCCUCUUCCUCGUCGUCCUCCUCCUCCUCGACUUCUUCGCCGUCCCGCUCACUUGCUGCCGAGGAAAGCGAGGAGGAGAAGGCAGCUGCGCGGAAGGCGCAAAGAGAAGCAGAUUCGAGGGAGUUAGAGAAAUGUCCCGCAAUCCCGGAAGCAGAAUAUGGCGACUUGGAGCGGUUCGGUCAACAUUAUCCCAACCCUCUUAAUUACAGCCGAGGAGAAUGCCUAUGCAAACCCGUGCACAACUUCGUCGUCCUUUCCAUGCAGCGGUCCGGCAGCGGGUGGUUUGAAACGUUCUUAAACUCCCACCCGAACAUUAGCAGCCACGGCGAGAUAUUUAUAGUCCGGCCGCGGCGCGAAAACGCGUCGGCGUUCGCGGAGACGCUUGACCGCGUGUACAACCUGGAUUGGUCGAACAGCGCCGCGAAGAACUCGUGCACGAGCGCCGUCGGAUUCAAAUGGAUGCUCAACCAGGGCGCGAUGGAGUUCAGUAGUGACGUGGCAGAGUACUUCAGGAAGCGCCACGUGUCCGUGAUCCUGCUUAUCAGGAAGAACGUGCUGCGGCGGCUGAUUUCUAUCCUGGCGAACGCGUACGAUCGCAAGACGCAGCUAGUGGGAGUGCACAAGUCGCACACACACAGCAAAGAAGAAGCGGAGAAGCUGGCAACGUUUCGGCCGAACGUGAACGCGAAGCACCUGGAGGGCAACCUGCAGCGCGUGCAGGAGAUGGUGGAUGAUGCGCUCCGGGCGUUCAACGGCACACGGCGCAUGCUCGUGUACUACGAGGACGUUGUCAAGAACAAGACGAUCCUGGAGAAUGUGCAGCGCUUCUUGGGGGUGCCGGCACAGGAGCUGACGAGCAAGCAGGUGAAGAUCCACACGCGGCCGCUGAGGGAUUCCAUUGAGAACUACGAUGCCGUGGCUGCGAAGCUCAAAGGCACCGAGUUUGAGAAAUUCCUGGAAGACGAGAGCUAUGUCUCCGCCAUGGUCCGUAAGCGUAAGAAUGCGGAGCGCGAUGACUGCCCUGCCGACCUUAACGAAAUCCCUUACAUCCGCUGGAUGAACGACCAGAUCGCUAACGGUCGUCGUCCCGCAUCGUACGUCCCGCCUGCCGCGGCGGUGCCUGAAGGCACGCAUUCGCAGACGCAUGCGGCGGGUCCUUCCCGAGUGCGCCGACCGCCACCGCGUGUGGCGACUUCUAGGGCUGCCAAAACGGAGGACGACGAGGACGAUGAUGACUCCGAUUUUCAGGACGAAGGAGACGGCACCGACGAGGACGAUGAGGAAGAGGAGGUCGGCGAUGUCGAAGGCGAAGAUGAGGAAUAUGAGGAGGAUGAUGACGACGUCGCCGAGGAGGAGGUGCAGCCCGUGAAGACGCCAUCACGCCGGACUUCAAGCAGGGCCGCGAGCAGCGGCAAGGACAAGGGGAAGGCUCCUGCUGUGGACAAGCCGCGCUCGAGGAAGAAGGCGCGGGUGGACGCGCCACGCGACAAGACCAUGUGGUCCGAUAAGGAGAACGCGAUCUUCGUCGCCGCCCGUUGGUUCACCACGGAUGAGAUGAAGCCGCUGUUAGAAUAA